CCUACGAUUACAAGACCACCUGACUGAACACACACUCCCUUUUCUCCUCCCUCAGUCCCUCCUACCUAGUCGAACUAUUCCCUUUCUCACUGAAUCUAUUCCUAAACUACAUUCAAUCAAAACUUUACAGAGAAGAAGAAAUGCCUCUGAAAUAACAUAUCAAAUGGCUGCACGAAUGGUCUCUUUCUUUCCGCUACUAUUGAGAUUUAUGAAGUGACAGACAACACCAAAAAUUCCAGGAAUCUCUCCUGAGAAGUCUCAUUAGUAUGAUCAAACGAGGGUUUACAAUGAUUAUCUGUCAGUCUCUUACAGUCGUUAGUUUCCGCUCCAAUGCAUUCAGAAAGUGUUUCUGUAGAAGAGCGUUUUGCAGCUCCUCCUCUUCAUGGCAAGAAGACAAUCUGAAUGGGUUAAAUGACCCUUUUGAUGUCCGGGCCCCUUUAAUUCCACGAGAUGCUGAAGGACAAAUUGCCUCUCAAGAAAAUGCUUCUGUUUCUAUAGAGGAUUUUGCAUUCUUGAAUAACACAUAUGCUGGAGAAGGUUUAAAAUGUGGCUUGGGUUCAUCAAGUAAGUACUCUAAACAAGCUAUUUCGAUUUUUCAUGAGAUUGUUAAUAAUAAUGGUGAUGACCUUUUUGGAGACAAAACACAAAAGUUUCUCAGGCACUUUAGAGGAAAACUUAAAGAUUCUUUAGUAAUAGAAGUUCUACAGCUAUUGAAGCUUCGUCCGGAAGUGGGAGUUAAGUUCUUCAUUUGGGCCGCCAGACAAAUUGGGUAUACCCACACGCCAGCCACCUAUGCUGCUUUGUUGGUCACUUUAGGGGUUGAAGAUAAUGAUAGUAGUAACAAUAAGAACAAUUAUGUUAGAGUUCCUGAACAUCUCCUUUUAGAGAUUAGAGAUGAUGGUGACAAAGUAAUCCUGGGAAAGUUACUGAAUUUUUUGAUUCAGAAAUGCUGCCGAAAUGGGUAUUGGAACGCAGCGCUAGAGGAGCUUGGGAGGUUCAAGGAUUUCGGAUAUAAACCGUCUAUGGUGACUUAUAAUGCUAUACUUCAGGUCCUUCUCAAGGCCGACCGGUUGGAUGCUGCUUGUCUGCUUCACAGGGAAAUGUCAAAUUCCGGUAUUGGUGUGGAUGGUUUGACGUUGGGUAGCUUCGCUCGAUCUCUGUGUAAGUUUGGGCGGUGGCAAGAAGCUCUAGGAAUCAUUGAAAAGGAAGACUACAUAUACGAUGCAGUAAUUUACACGAAAAUGAUCAGUGGGUUAUGUGAAGCUUCACUUUUUGAAGAAGCUAUGGAGUUUUUGCAUAGGAUGAGGUCUAACAAUUGUGUACCGAACGUAAUAACUUAUAGGACGUUGCUUGAUGGGUGUUUGAGGAAAAGACAGCUAGGUAGGUGUAAAAGAAUCCUUAGUAUGAUGAUUCCAGAGGGUUGUUACCCGAAUCCCUCGAUGUUUAAUUCUCUUGUUCAUGCAUAUUGCAGUUCAGGAGACUAUUCUUACGCCUACAAGGUACUCAAAAAGAUGGUGGUUUGUGGUUGCCAGCCGGGUUAUGUAGUUUAUAAUAUCUUAAUUGGGGGUAUUUGUGGAAAUGAUGAAUCACCUAGUUUAGAAUUAGUGGAGUUGGCUGAAAAGGCUUAUAAUGAAAUGAUUGAUGCUGGAUGCGUGCUGAAUAAGGUAAAUGUUGGCCAUUUCACUAGGUGUCUUUGUGUGGUUGGAAAGUUCGAAAAGGCGUUUGCGGUUAUUCAUGAAUUGAUGACUAAAGGCUUCAUACCGGACAAUAGUACAUAUGCCAAGGUUAUUAGUUUCCUGUGUGAAGCCUCCAAGAUUGAAAUGGCCUUCCAAGUUUUCCAAGAAAUGAAAAACAAUGGUGUUGUUCCUGAUGUUUAUACGUAUACAAUUAUGAUUGAUAGUUUCUGUAAAGUAGGUCUUGUUCAGCAGGCUAGGAAUUUGUUCGACGAAAUGGUAAGAGAUGGCUGUUCUCCUAAUGUGGUCACAUAUACCACAAUUAUACACGCUUAUCUUAAAGCAAGGAGAGUGUCCGAUGCAAAUGAACUUUUCGAGGAUAUGUUGUCAGCUGGUUGUGUUCCGAAUGUUGUCACAUACACAGUUUUGAUUGACGGUCACUGUAAGGCUGGUGAUGUCAAGAAGGCUUGUCAGAUUUAUUCAAGAAUGGGAGGAAAUGGAGAUAUGCCAGAUGUUAGUCAGUACUUUAGGGUUGAUGGAAAUAAUCCAACAGAACCUAAUGUUUUUACAUAUGGAGCAUUAGUGGAUGGUUUGUGCAAAGCCCAUAAAGUGUCCGAGGCUCGUGACUUGUUCGAAGCGAUGUCAGGAGAAGGAUGUGAGCCGAAUGAUGUUGUUCAUGAUGCUCUUAUUGAUGGGCUCUGCAAGGCUGGAAAAUUAGAUGAAGCGCAAGAGGUUUUUGCAAAGAUGUCAGAAUGUGGGCACAGUCCAAGUGUUUACACAUACAGCUCUUUGAUUGAUAGACUGUUCAAAGACAAGAGGGUUGACUUAGCUAUGAAGGUCUUAUCCAAGAUGUUAGAAAAUUCUUGCUCCCCUACUGUGGUUACAUAUACAGAAAUGGUGGACGGACUUUGUAAGGUAGGAAAGACCGAGGAAGCGUAUAAACUUUUCGUAUUGAUGGAAAAUAAGGGGUGCCGUCCAAAUGUUGUGACUUACACUGCAAUGAUAGAUGGAUUUGGGAAAGUGGGUGAUAUCAACAUGUGCCUUAAACUUUUCAGACAGAUGAGUGCAAAGGGCUGUGCUCCAAAUUUUAUAACAUACAGGGUCUUGAUAGACCAUUGUUGUGCGGCAGGACAUCUGGAUGAGGGUCAUGAACUUCUACAGGAGAUGAAGCAGACUUGCUGGCCAGCACAUGUGACAGGUUAUCGUAAGGUUAUCGAAGGUUUUAAUAGAGAGUUUAUUAGCUCACUUGGUCUUUUAGACGUGAUGGUAGCAGAUGGUUCCUUGCCGAUAGUUCCUGCUUACAGGAUUUUGGUUCACAGCUUCUGCAAGGCUGGAAGGCUGGACGUGGCUUUGGAUUUGUAUAAAGAACUCGUAACAGUUUCGGGUGGCUUAGGGCAUACCCAUAAUUUGUAUGCUUCUCUAAUUGAGAGUCUUUCUCUAGCUUUCAAGGUUGAUGAAGCUUUUGGUUUGUAUGUAGACAUGACAAGGAGGGGUUAUAUUCCAGAUAUAAGUGUUUUUUUUAAUCUCAUUAAAGGCCUUACCAAAGUUAACAAGUGGGAUGAGGCGCUUCAACUUUCAGAUAGUAUAUGUCAGAUGGACAUCAAUUAUAUUCCUGGGGUGGAAGAAACAUAGUGUUGGAUCUUACGAGUAUGGAAGUUAACAAUCUGAUGAGUCACAAGAGGGUGAGUCGACACCUCAGAACCUGGUUGGUGUGCGGUACUGCCAUGGAUGUUCACAAGUGCUUGUUGCAAACAUGUGCUAGAAAUAUUUGCAUCAUUUUCAAGGCUACCCACAUGUAGGUACGUCAGGAAGUGUGAAGUUUGCAGUUUUCUUCUGCUUACGCUGGAUAACAAAUAUUGACAUAUAUUGUUAUGCAUCCUACCAAACGUCCACGAAGUUUGCAAGGGCAAUGAGUUGCAACAAUGCCGUGCAAUACUGUGUGCUGUGAAUCUUGCAGUUUAUCAAUCAUGUCCAAGGAAGAAUCUUCCAUGACCAGUUGCAUUCAAUUAAAUGGAAGAGCGGUAUAUCGCUUGUAUGCUACCCCGGAGUUCCCCUAAAAGGGAAGAGACAUCUUUACCAAUUGGAGCGAAGUAAGAAAUCUCAUAUCCUUUUAUACUGUUAUGAUGAAAGAGCACAAUAAUAUGGUGAGGAAGUAAAAAGCAGGUGAGAUUGGGCUGAAAAAUCAAUUGAUGACAAUGCAAAAACAGAAGGGACUUCACAUGAGCAUUGGUGGUUUUAUUUUAUUAUUGAUGUAUUAGUACCCGUCUGUAUGACUGUUCAGUAUGGUACUUAAUUCGUCACUACUCGAAGGAUCAGGAGAUGAAGAAAUACACAUCUGAAAUCAUGUUGUCUGGGAAAUAUGUGAAUGUUCUUUAUGGACGUUGUGUAUUCUUCUCACGCAGCAAAUGGAGCAUCAGUUAGUAGGUUCUGGGACUGGAAUUCUGCAGAAAGUCAUUGGUUGGGCGAAAACUGAAAGCUUUGGUGAUUCAAAAGAAAUGCAAGGGGUUACAGGAUGUUAGGAAAACCAUAUUAAGACAAUGCACAGAGUCUGUAGGAAUUGAAUUUAUUGGCCACAGUAGGUCAAAUCUUACCAUCAAAAUUAUGUUCUGGUGCCAAAGCUUAUGUAUUCUUUUAAUUUUUGAUGCAAAAAACAAGAUACUAGUACAUCUUUUUAUCCUCCAGAAUCUGAUUAACCAGGAAACUCGCUUUUUUGA